GCGCCGCGGGCGGGGGGAGGGGCGGGGCGAGCCGCGGGCAGCGGGACGGGACCCGCAGAAGCGGCCCAAUGGCGUGUAACGGGCGGGGCCCGGCACGCACCUGCUGGCCGACUGGUCCGAGUCGGCGAACCAGAGCGAGUGGAGAGCCUUGGAGUCGGAACUUCCCCAACACAAGAUGUUGAGCUCCUCCCUGAGCCUCCAGAAUGGUACCUGGUCAGAGACCUUCUCUCUGCUCUUGGCUCUUGCCGUUGCCCUCUACUUAGGCUACUACUGGACAUGUGUGCCCCAGAGGCCUCAGCUGGUAGCUGGGCCCCAGUUUCUGGCUUUCCUGAAGGAACACUGUUCAGUUACUGUGGAGACUUUCUACCCUACAAUAUGGUGUUUUGAGGGUCGGCUACAAAGCAUCUUCCGAGUCUUCCUGCAAUCCCAGCCCUUAGUCCCUUACUGGAGCGAAGUCCUCCACACGCCAGAUGGAGGCCAGGUCCUGCUAGACUGGGCUGAACAGCCUGACAGCAAUCAAUAUCCUGAUCCUGCUACCCAGCCCAUUGUGUUGCUGCUUCCUGGCAUCACUGGCAGUAGCCAGGAGUCAUACAUCUUGCACCUUGUUAACCAAGCUUUGAGGGAUGGUUAUAGGGCUGUCGUGUUUAAUAACCGGGGCUGCCGUGGGGAAGAACUGCUGACCCACAGGGCUUUUUGUGCCAGCAAUACUGAAGAUCUGGAGACAGUUGUGAACCAUAUAAACCACCAUUACUCCCAGGCUCCACUGCUAGCCGUGGGCAUCUCUUUUGGAGGGAUAUUGGUGCUGAACUACCUGGCCCAGACAGGGAAGGCUGCAGGGCUGGUGGCAGCACUAACUCUGUCUACAUGCUGGGAUUCCUUUGAGACCACUCACUCCCUGGAAACCCCACUCAACUUGGUGCUGUUCAAUCAGCCCCUCACUGCUGGGCUCUGCCAACUUGUGGAACGAAAUAGAAAAGUGAUUGAAAAAGUGGUGGAUGUAGACUUUGUACUACAGGCCCACACAAUCCGCCAGUUUGAUGAGCGUUACACAUCUGUGGCCUUUGGAUAUCAGGACUGUGUUGCCUACUACCAAGCAGCGAGCCCAAGGACCAAGGUAGAUGCCAUCCAGAUCCCUGUGCUCUGCCUCAAUGCAGCAGACGACCCCUUCUCCCCAGCCCAUGCCCUUCCUGUGCAGGCUGCCCACCACUCCCCUCACGUUGCGCUGCUCAUCACAGCACGGGGUGGCCAUAUUGGCUUCCUCGAAGGGCUGCUCCCAUGGCAGCACUGCUACAUGAGCCGCCUCUUACACCAGUAUGCCAGAGCCAUCUUCCAGCACCCAGUGGAGAUGCUUGACCUCACAGCUCUCACCUUCUGAGGACAGAAAUGGCUGACCAGAGUACCAUCUGGGGUCUCAGUUCAGUCUUCCCUUGUUUAUUAAAUAUCAACUUUUCUUGCCUAA